UAUGAAAUAAAUACACAUCAUAGCCUUUGAUUAAGUAAUUUUUAUAUUCAUAUUCCAAUAGCUUUUUUUAUUGUAAUCCCAAUGUCUAAGAGACCUUGAUCUUUUAUAAAAUAAAGUGAUUUCCAGGAGAAUCAAUUUGAUUAAUAUAACUAAAGCUCAUCUUCUCAAUAAUCCUAAAUUGACUGAAGCCUAUAAAUUAUGGACAUGGGGAGUUUCUCUUUGUAACAAAGGAAAUUCAAAAGGAAUGAAUGUAAAUUACAGUUUCACUAAUUCUAAUGAAUCCGUUGGCAAGAUUCCUACAUUCAAUUACAAUCUAGGCUCAUGUAAAGAACUUAGGUUUCAUUGGUUUGCUAUAAUUCUAAAGGAAUACGUUGAAUAUGUAUAUAAUGCGAAAUAAUAAUAUCCAGAAGAUCGUCUAAAAGCCAAAGAUAUUUACGAAAAAUUAAAAACCAUGAAGGAACAGUCAUCAAUUUAUUUUAAUACUCUAUCUCCAUCUGAAAAAAUUGAAGCCUUUGCUAACUUAGAAUAUAACAUGAGUAAAAUUAAUAAGAGUUUGUUAAAUGCUGAUUAAUUUUAUGAUAAAUUAAAGGAUUUAGAAUAAGAAUUAGAGACAGUUAUUUAAAAGAAUAGUUAAUAUGAAAAUGAAGCAGAUUAAUGGGGUAAAAAAUUAUAUAGAGAUCUCGAUGUAAUUUCUAUUGGUAAUGAUUCUUAUAGAAUGAGAGCUAAAAUGAAUAGUUUAGUAUUAUUGUAUCAUCCAGGUUAAAAGAGAACUUAAGAAGAAGAAGAUUAUUAUUAUAAUAUAAAAUUAGAGAGGUCAAAAAUUAAACCUAAAACUUUGAAUAAUGAUGAAGAUGAUAAAUAAAAGAUAUUUCAAUUUAAAAUAAGAUGGACAGGAUGUUCUGAAGUUGAUGGAAAAUGGAGUGAAAUCUCAUUCAUUUUAGGAGAACAUAACGAAUAAAUUAGAUAAAUUAAAUAGAUUAGAAAUAAAAUUCGAUAUGAAUUAUAAACUUAUAAAUAUGUGGAUGACAAUUUAAUUGUAGCAUGGAAAAUUUAUUGUCUAUCAUUAUUAACUGAAUUAAAGAAUGUAAAGAUUACAUUAAACAUAAGUGACUCUGAAUCAGCUAAUAAAAUUCUGAAAAAUUAAAUAUCUUUAAGUGAGAAUUUAGAACUACAAACUAAACUCUUCAGUGAAUAUUUCUUCAUUAUAAGACCUUCAAAGUAGAAGCAAUUAAAAGAAUAUUGGAAAAAAUUGGAUUUUGAUAAAUAAUGGAUAUAGGGAUCAUUUAUGAAAUAAGAUCAAUUUAAAAUGAUGCAACUCUAAAAUUAAUAUAAUAUGAUGACAAAUCAAGCUAAAAACAUAUAUGAAUUUACUUCUUAAAAUCCUGUUUAUUAAGCCAACUAUGAGAAAAGUGAUAUUAUUAUUAAUAUUUAGAAUACAUGAAAUUAGAGAAAGAGGGAGAAUAGUUAUUUAGUAAUGGGAUAGCUAUAUUUAAUGAGAUGGAGAGACGUUAUGAAUAAUUUAAGAUAGAUAAGGAUGUUGACAAAUUAAUGAAAUAACAAUUAAGAAGUAAUGAUAUUAUUUUAAAGAAAUAAUCUAAACUUUCCAAAUAUAAUUGA